AUGAAGAUACUUGUGGUUGUGGCGUCAGUUCUGGUGUUGGCAUCAGCAAUCAGAGUAGAUUCGAAGGUAAAAAAGGAGGUAAAGGGGACUAAAGCAACAAGGAGACAAGAUAAUGGAGUUUUUCGACUGACCUAUGGAUUACCGCAAGAGCAGUCUCACGUUUAUGGACCUCCACCGGAACCGCAUCCCGUUCAUGAGCAUCCUGCGCCGGAUAAUCAACAUUUAUUGCCCCAGGAUCAUCAUCAGCAGUGGAUCCCCCAGGAGCAGCAUCACCAUCACUUGAUCCCCCAGGAGCAGCAUCACCAUCACUUGAUACCUCAGGACCAGCAUCAUCAUCAUCUAGUGCCUCAGGAUGCUCUACAUCAACAUCAGCUCCCUCAAGACCAUCAGGAUCACAUCCUAUUUCCUCACUUACAUCCCGUUGCUCAUCCUGUUCCUGCAGUUCCUGUACCACAUCCGGUUCCAGUCCCCCAACCAGUGCCGGUGGGAGUCCCCCAACCGGUUCCAGUCGCUGUUCCCGUGGUUCAGACUGUCACGAAACCCGUGGCCGUUCCUUAUCCCGUCGAUAGACCGUAUCCAGUGCCAGUCGACCGGCCAGUGGCGGUGCCUGUGGCGGUUCCGGUCCCUAAACCUUACCCAGUGCAUAUCGAGAAGGUUGUGCAUGUUGACAGACCUUAUCCAGUCCCUGUGGAGAAGCAUGUUCAUGUACCAGUGCCUGUCGAUCGACCUGUGCCUGUUCAUGUCCUCAAACCUUAUCCCGUUCAUGUGGAAAAACUUGUUCCAGUGGACAAGCCCUAUCCAGUGCAUAUUGCUGUUCCUGUUCAUGUCCCUAAACCCUAUCCUGUUCCUGUGGCCAUCCAUUACAAAUCCUAUCAUCAUCAUGGCGGGUGGUAA